CAGCCGCCUUUGUUUGCUCAAGAAGAUGCCCCCUCCGCUCCGCUUGGCCGAUGCCGGCGCCUAUAAAACCCGGGACCGGGGCCAGAGGGGACGGUGACUCGCUCCGGGAUCCGCGCUCGCCUCGCCGCGAUGGCCCUCUUCGGCGCGGCGCUGGGGCUGCUGCUCCCGCCUCUCCUCGCCCUCGCGUGGCCGGGGCAGGGCUCAGCCCCCCGCCCGCCCAAGCCCCUCUUGCCCAUCCAACCCGAAUCGGCGGACCCUCUGCCCUUCAAGGGGGCGGCAGGCUGCUCUUUUGGUGGCAAAUUCUAUGCUCUGGAGGAUACUUGGCAUCCUGACUUGGGGGAGCCUUUUGGUGUCAUGCACUGUGUGGUGUGCUCCUGCGAACCACAGAGGAAUCGUCGUGGGAAGACGACAGGCAAAGUCAGCUGUAAGAACAUUAAGCAUGACUGCCCCACCCUUCCUUGCAGUGACGCCAUCCUACUGCCAGGACGCUGUUGCAAAACCUGUCCGAAGGCCACUCCCAGCAUCCCAGAGAAGAGACCUGAACCGCUCUUUGACAACUUUGAGUACUUUCAAGCCAAGGAAGAUGACUUGCAUAGGAAUUACAAUGACCGCGCCUAUCUCAGCUCCGAGGACUUGGUCCGAGAUGACAACCGCAUAGAUUUUGUGGCCUUGCUGACCAGCGGCUCAGAGACUUGGAUGCCCAUGUCCAGUGCAGUGGCAAAAGCCAGGUUCACUCUUGUGCGUGCUCACCUCCUCUUCUCCAUUAACUAUGAGAGGCUGGGCCAGCCAAGCCGAGUCCGUUUCACAGAGCCUGGUGGGACUGUCGUUUUUGAGCAUCCUGUGCAAAAGGGUCCCUCCCCUGAGGAUAGCAUGGUCUGCGGCAUGUGGCGAAACCUGCAAAAGUCUGUCAUCCGACUGCUGAAGUUGGAUCAGCUGCACGUAUCCCUGACCACAAAGUCUCACCCUGAGGGUGAGAUACGAGGCAAAAUCAUCAGGCACCGGGCCCUCUUUGCAGAAACGUUCAGUGCUAUCCUGACAUCCGUGGACCCCACCCACCUUGGCAUGGGAGGCAUUGCUAUGCUCACCCUGAGCGACACAGGGAACAACCUGGAUUUUGUCCUUGUCACCAAAGGACUUCUGAAGUCAGCCGAAAAAAAAUCUCCCUGGCUCCCUUUGAGGAUGCAAAUCCUUCACCAAGACAAGGUCCUGAGGGAGGUGCUGGCCAAUGUCACCUUGCAGGCCCCUGAAUUUGCAGAGGUGCUGACAGGACUGGCGACUCAAGAGAUGUUGUGGCUGGCACAAGGGCAGCUGACGAUAACUGCAGAGGUCGAGGGCAGAUUGAGGCAGAAGAUCACCGGCCAAAUCACUACCAGGAAAAGCUGUGACACCAUCCAGAGUGUGCUUUGUGGAGGAGAUACCUUGACGCCCACCCAGACUGGGGCCGUGGGUUCUGCCAAGCUCAUGCUGCAUGAGAAUGGGACUUUGGAGUAUCAGGUCCAGGUGGCAGGAACAAGAAGCGAAGUGAUUGGCGUCACGCUAGAGACCAAACCUCGCAGAAGAAAUAAGCGUAACAUCUUAUACGACAUGACGCACAGCUAUAAGGACGGAAUGGCCAGCGGGAGCUGGGGUCAAGUGAAUGGGCGCGAUGCCCACAUGUUGUUGCAGAACGAGCUCUUCUUAAAUGUGGGCACCAAGGAUUUCGAAGAAGGGGAAUUGCGUGGACAGAUCAACUCCCUGCUGUACAGUGGACUGCAGGCACGAUAUGAAGAGCUUCCUGUCCCCCUUGCCGGCCAAUUCGUGUCCCCUCCUGUGCGUACUGGAUCCGCUGGGCAUGCCUGGGUAUCCUUGGAUGAUCACUGCCACCUGCACUACGAGAUUAUAGUAGCUGGCCUUGGCAAGGCUGAUGAUGGCACCGUCAGUGCUCACCUCCAUGGUUUUGCUGAGCUGGGCGAGCUCCAGGAAAACAGCCUCCGGGAGCACAAGCGACUACUUAGGGGCUUCUAUGGCACAGAGGCUCAAGGGGUAGUGAAGGACCUGGAUGAGGAGCUACUUCUUCACCUGGCUCAGGGCACAGCCUUCCUACAAAUCAGCACCAAAGCAAACCCACAAGGGGAGAUACGGGGCAAGGUGCACAUUCCCAACCACUGUGAGGCGGGUGGCAUUCGACUGGCCCCGGAGGAUCCAGAGGAUGAGCUUCCAGGAGAUCCAAACUCCAAGGACCCCGAGGAGCUGAAGAAAGACCCUAACACCUGUUUUUUUGAAGGACAGCACCGGCCACAUGGCUCCCGCUGGGCCCCAGACUAUGACAAGAAAUGUUCUAUAUGUAGCUGCCAGAAGCGCACAGUCAUCUGCGACCCUGUCCUGUGUCCGCCCCUCAACUGCUCCCAGCUGGUGCACCUGAGGGACCGUUGCUGUCCUGUGUGUGAAGAGAAGAAGGAAACCCUAGAAGGGCAGAGAGCUGAGAGGGCCCGAGACAGCAGUGGAGGUUGUUACUUUGAUGGCGACAAGACAUGGCGAGGAGCAGGCACAUACUGGCACCCCGUGGUCCCUCCCUUCGGCCUCAUUAAAUGUGCCAUUUGCACAUGCAAGGGAGCCACAGGGGAAGUCCACUGUGAGAAGGUGCAGUGCCCUCACUUGACCUGCAACAACCCCAUCCGUGCCAGCCCAUCAGACUGCUGCAAGCAGUGCCCAGCCUCAGAGAAGAGUCCCUCCACCCUUUCAGACAUGAUGCAGUCAGACGGCCCCAGAGCCUGCAAGUUUGGGCGGCAGUGGUACAUGCACAAUGAGAGCUGGCACCCCACGGUGCCCCCCUUUGGGGAGAUGAAAUGCAUCACCUGCUGGUGCUUGUCUGGGGAGACACACUGCCAGCGCCAGGAAUGCUCUCCUGCCUCUUGCUCCAGAGGGGAGAAAACAGAGGACAGCUGCUGCUCUAAAUGCCAAGCACCGGAUGAAGUUCAAGAGAUGCCCCAAGAGGAGGCCAAGGAUUCCUGGGGACACUAGAUGGGCAGAUGGACCAGGAAGCCCAGAUGCCAUGAUGGGCGUUCCAAAGCUGCUGGGGGAGCUGAAGACAGGGUAUUUUGCAGCUGGAACUUCGCAGGGCCUCCUGAAACCUUUCUGAGUCAACAGAGGAAGCGCCUUCUGCUCUAACCCCAGAAUGAGCAGCCAACUUCUUGAGCACCUGGUGCCCUCUUUGCCCUCUGCCCACGGGCACAGCCUGGCUAUCUUAUACCUUUUUGUACCAACCUCCAUGAAAGGAGACAAGCGGCCAGGACUCCAUGCGCCACUUGGGGUCUGCGGGCGGAUAUCAAGCAAGGCUAUAACUGCCGGUUGGGUGCAUGUGGCACCAUCUGAUGUGCUUGGUAAAGCAAUAAACCCCCUUCUAGAGGUGAAAUCUUGGGGCACUCCCUAUCCCAGUUGGGGAUAUUUGCAUAGGACAGCAAUGAACUCAACAUGCAAUCCCCCAUCCAACUUACAAGUGUCUCAGAUGGUUUCACCUCUUCGUUAUGGCUUACAUGGCACAUACAGCCCUCCCCAUGGGAAGUGCCCUCCCCGAGACUAGCCUGUAUAUAGUGUAAAGUUGUCCUCCUUCGCGACAUCUUUGUGGGAUUUAUUGUUUUUGGGGAGGGCUUGUUGUGUAAUUUAUGGCUCCCAUGGGCAAGGUCCUGUUUGUUCCCUGCCCAUCUCAAAGCUGAAGGAUUGAUAUUGGAGAUCAUGUAUUUAUUAAAAAAAAAUCAAUGGAUUGUUA